AUGGAAGCCCUUUACGAGCUUUUGAUUACUUCCGAGACGACGCACAUUGACUUUGAGUCUGGCAGUGAGUGGGGAGAUGAUGAUUGGUUCUUGGAGAUAUUGGCCGAUAUUGUUUCGAAAAAGCGAUCAAAUUUGAAGCAGCUAUCGUUGGAUGGUGAGUUUAGGGACAGAUUAACGAUAUGUCCUUCUAUAUCGCUUAGGUUGAGAAGAAACUCAUUUAUUUUGCCAUUGUUACCAGAAUUCCUUCCCACUCUGAAAGUGUUGCAUUUAAAAGUAAAUUUAAAAUUGUCUCAGUUGUCCAAAAUUGAUUCAAUUUCAUUGAGACAGUUAUACUUGAACGGCACCGUUUAUAUUUGCGAUGCCGAUGUUGAUUUCAAAAGAUUUGUCAACUUGGAAUUUCUUUACAUUAAACAUUUUGACGUAUGCGAGGCGUUUAAGGAAAUGUUAUGA